UGACGUAUAAUCUAGUGGACGGUUCUUCAUAAACAGCUCGUCAACCACCUCGGUAGCUUGCUAGCCAACAUAGCCGAAAGAUUCAAGCUAUUUAUACGCUUUCGGUGUAUAUUAGCUACUGUGUGUUAGACACACUUAGGUCGUAUCUACUUGUUAACCUAUUUAAUUUAAUAUUACGUUAUUUUGUAUUAGUCAACUAUAGUAGCUGGCUGGUUAAAUUAGCACUAGCCUAGUCGCUAAUGAUAGCUAGCUAGCUAACAUCCCCGACCAUGAGUUCAAUAAACUACUCCACUCUCGUUAAAGAAGAGGCGGUCUGCUGGACGGAGAAAGAAGCUCUGGGGCUGAACAUUGUCGUGAAAGAGGAGGAGGAAGAAGAGGAUGUCACAGUGAAACAAGAAGUAGAGGGUGAGGCUGUUACGGUGAAAGAAGAAGAGACAGACGUUACAGUGAAAGAGGAGGAAGACGCUUUCAGAGUGAAAGAGGAGGAGGAGGUUACAGCUAAAGAAGAGGAGGAAGAGAAAGAGGCGGAUGCCGUUUUUGGAGUGAAGAAGGAAGGGGAGAAUACUAUCACAUUGAAAGAUGAAGAGGUGGAGAUAGGAGAUCUGAUUAACACCAGAGAGAUACGGAACUAUCGUGGAUCCUCUGGGGAGCCUCAAAAACCUCAUGAUGCUGACGAGGCAGAGAAGAGAUCCAGAUCAGAACUCCUCAAGAAACAUCUGCAGAGACCCACAGGGAAGAAAUCUCACCGCUGCUCUGACUGUGGGAAGAGAUUCACCUCAUCAAGCAUUAAAAUUCACCAGAGAACACACACAGGAGAGAAACCUUAUAGCUGUGAUCAAUGUGGGAAGAGCUUUGGUCAAUCUGGAGAUCUGACAGUGCAUCAGAGAAUACACACAGGAGAGAAACCUUUUAGCUGUGAUCAAUGUGGGAAGAGUUUUACAACUUCUGGCUAUCUGACAGUGCACCAGAGAACACACACAGGAGAGAAACCAUAUAGCUGUGAUCAAUGUGGGAAGAGUUUUAUUACAUCUGGCCAUCUGUCUCGACACCAGAGAAUACACACAGGAGAGAAACCUUAUAGCUGUAAUCAAUGUGGGAAGAGUUUUACUACUUCUGGCUAUCUGACUUUACACCAGAGAGUACACACAGGAGAGAAACCUUAUAGCUGUGGUCAAUGUGGGAAGAGUUUUACUACUUCUGGCUAUCUGACUUUACACCAGAGAACACACCCAGGAGAGAAAUCCUAUAGCUGUGACCAGAGAUAAUCUGAUUAAAGAUCUCUGACUAAACAUCAGAAAAUACAUGAAGCAGUUGUUUCAUGAUAUCAAUGAAUUAAUGUCACAAUGUAGAAUGUUUUAUCAUUGUAGUAGGAGUAUUUUAAUGAUGUCACAAUGUAGAACCCUAAGCGUUUGUCCCCUGUUCUAUUGAUUUCAACAUGAUAUGGAUAUUAGCCUCAGGGGGGAAAUCCAGGCUCUGAAUUGAAAGAGUUACUAUUUAUGAGAUUUAGUAAGUACACAUUAUUCCCAGAUUCCGUGUGGUUUUUGAGCUGCUAGUUUUAACAGGACGUGCAACCUCAUCUCCCUCCUGUCGCACAAAUGAUUUUAGCAUGAAAUUGAUUAGUUAUGACAAAUAAGUGUUGCGUUCCUUUGUUUAGCGACCCCUACAUUUAAAUGCAUUCCAUCAUCACGUACAACCUGAUUUCCCCCCUAAUCGAUAUCAGUGAUUUAUUGCUACUUGUCAAAACAACACUGUUUCUGGUGCUUGUGCAGAUUAUAAAUCUUUUUUUUUUUUUUUUUUUAAAUACAAGUAAUAUGAUUAUUGUGGCAGAUGUUUGUGUAAAUAGCACAUGUUAUGUUUAGGUUUUCAAUUUAUCCCAAACUGUUUCUACAUAUUGGUUAUUGAUUUGGACAUGUUAAAACUGUGUUUUGACAUUGAGGCUAUCCCACCUAGCAAAAUGUAAUUGAAAAGUCAUUGAAAAUAAGACUAUGCAAUCUUAUUUUUUUUAAACAUUUUUUAUUAUACCAUGCCUUACCAUUAAGUUAAUUAUUGACAAUACAUAUUAACAAAGGGGUGUACAUUUGGCUUUGGUAAUUCAUGUUUACAAUUCAUGUAACUUUUAGUAAUCAUAAUUAUUUAUGCAAUCAACUGACAAUUUUCGGGUAUAAUUAUAUUGACAUUGUUGCCCUUCUUUUAGAAUAGCAGGGUUAAUUCUCAGAUGUGACAACCCAAAUGUACUAGAGCAUGACAUUGGGGACUGGGCCCCGAUCCAACAACAUGCCUAUCUAGUGAACCCUGAAAAGAGAGAGAAGCUCCGCAGUGAGGUGGAAAGUUACUACAGAUAUUGCAGGAGUUUCCUCUUGAAAUCAGACAUGUCCGUGUUAAGGACAACUUGGUUGCUGAUUGUUUCAAGGGUGGGCAGUCAUAGUUUUGCGUUUAGCCAUUGCGUUGCCAUGGAUCAAUUUAUUUUGACUGCACGUUUUUCCGUAUUGGAGAUGAGUUUUGUUUGGGCUCGUUCCAAGGGGACGAGAGUUCUAGAAGCUAGUGAGUUUUAGGAAGACGAGAGUUCUAGAAGCUGGUGAGUUUUAGAAAGACGAGAGUUCUAGAAGCUAGUGAGUUUUAGGAUUCUAUAGAAUGAAAAAGGAGAAAAAAAUAAUAUGAUUGUAUAUUUUUAUUUAGAAAUACGUGUUUUUAAUUGUUGACAGCCAGUAGACACCAUGUUUAUAUUGUAGAAGGUGAUGCAUUGUAGUUGAUUAUAAUGUGAAAUGGAAGUUGUUUUCUGUUGGUGGUGAGCAAACUUGUCCAACAAAAAUUAUAGGAUUUAUUUGUUGUCUUAAGGGGAAAGGUGUUCCAGGCUUUCGUUUCUCCAUUUAUGUUUUGAGGUUGGACUUUAGCACGUAUAGCUCGUUAACACGUAUAGCUCGUUAGCACGUAGGGCACACUGAUUGGUGUCACCUCGUUAGUCAGUAUGUGUAACACCAGUUCUUUUGUUUGCCUCUUCUUGGGCAGAUUUAGUGGGUCUCAUGGUGGGUGUCUUUUAGGUCCCAGUUGUUGUUACUAGUCAACUUUCAGUGGACACUGAGAGCAAAACUGCAACAUUAUGUUAUAAUAUUUUUAUUGCAUCAAAUGGUUGUUUUAUGCAACAGAAUAGAGGGUUCUUAGAACUAUUGUGUCUGUGUUCUACUGAGGAUGGGCCUCUGGGAGAAAACACUGACAGGAGAUUUACAAUGUCUUUUGGGUGAUUAAACCUAAAGAGACCGCAUUCCAGAGCAUGAGUUAAUGUUUCUGUUCUAUAUGGUACCAGGGAGAGAUGACCCCUGGGCCAGACCCUGGUCUCUACACAAAGUGUACUGUUUUUACAGCAGAUACUGUCUGCUGAGAAUUAUAGGUAUCUUUCAUACAAAUCUUAACCUUGUGACCCGUUCUAUACGUCUGUUGUUCGUUAUGUAGGUUGAAAGGGGUGUAUCUUGGCUGUAACAUACCUUUGUACUUUCGUCCUGUGGGUCGACCAGCCAUCAUUAUCGUAGAGCACUCAAUUGAUUCACUUUAUAUGUGUACGUUGUAUUUACCUGCUCCCUUAUUAAUAAGUGAAUAAAGAUUUAGUUUAAGAAUAA